AUGGCUCUGAUGGUUGGUGAUCAUGUUCCUUCUGAUAAUUACAGUUCAAAGAAGAGGAAGAGUUCUUCGAAACGGAUCAGUAGCAAAAAGAGAGUGACUGCAUCAUCUUCCAAAGGAAUCACUACAACAGGUGAAUACAUAGAUGGUGGAACCUUUGGAAAUUAUGAUGGUCAAUCCGUGACAUGGAAGACCUGCGAUGCGUAUAAUGAGCAAGAAACGACGAAAAUGCUAAAACAUGAGGUCAUACUGUUCCACGUUUACUCUAUAAUAAUUAAGGACGCCUAUAAUGUUGAUCCGACAAAACUCACUAAAAGAUAUUAA